AUGAAGCGCUUCGGCCAGAAGAUGCUCUCCCGCGGCAAGGAUGCCAAGGGAUCUAAGAAGAGUAAAGACGGCAAGGACGGCGCUGCUUCGCCCUCUGGACGAGACUCUUCCAAUCAGUCACCCGUGUUGACUCCCACUUCAUCAUCGACAACUCUCGUUGACAUCCGAAACAAGCCCUUGCCACCCAAUUCGUUAGACCACAACAAUGCCCCCGCGGCUCAGGCUGGCGUAGACCGAUUCGGCUCCGCCAGUCCCAACGGCUCCAGCGCGAGAGGGCCUCCUGCAGUUGUCAUCACCCCAACACCAGGCCAUAUCCCCCCACCUGGCGCUGCCGAGACUAUGCCCCAAGAUCUUCAGCCCCCGACGAAAUCUGGUCAGAAGCCACACCUCUUGCAUCGCGGUAUCGACAACCGCGAUGCUAUUCCCGAAGGCCUUCGAACACCAAAGCGCCAGCAUUCCUCUCGAUUCGAUAUCUCCGCUAACCGCGACCUGGAGAAGCUGCCUGGUUUCCAUGAGGUCCCGCCGAACCGACGCCAAGAUCUCUUCAUGCAAAAGAUUGAGCAAUGUAAUGUCAUUUUCGACUUCAAUGACGCCAGCGGCGACAUGAAAUCGAAAGAAAUCAAGAGACUUGCCUUGCACGAGUUGCUCGAUUAUGUGGCGAAUAACAGACAGGUCAUUACCGAACCCAUGUACCCCAAGGUAGUGGAGAUGUUCAGCAAGAAUCUCUUUCGUCCAAUUCCCCCGCCAAUUAACCCACAGGGAGAAGCUUUUGAUCCUGAGGAGGAUGAACCCGUUUUGGAGGUCGCCUGGCCACAUAUCCAGGUCGUUUAUGAAUUCUUCCUACGCUUCAUCGAGAGCCAGGAUUUCAACACCAACAUCGCCAAGGCGUAUAUUGACCACAGCUUCGUCUUGCAACUCCUAGACCUCUUUGAUUCUGAGGACCCCAGAGAAAGAGACUUCUUGAAGACAACCCUUCAUCGAAUCUACGGCAAGUUCCUCAACUUGCGUUCAUUCAUCCGACGAUCUAUCAACAACGUCUUCUUCCAAUUCACUUAUGAAACGGAGAGAUUCAACGGUAUCGCUGAGCUUCUUGAGAUUCUCGGCUCCAUUAUCAAUGGCUUUGCUCUCCCCUUGAAGGAAGAACACAAAAUCUUCCUCACCCGUGUUCUGCUACCAUUGCACAAGCCCAAGAGUCUGAGCAUGUACCACCCACAACUUGCGUACUGUAUUGUCCAGUUUCUUGAAAAGGACGCGUCCCUAACCGAAGAUGUUGUUCUGGGUCUGCUCAGAUAUUGGCCCAAGGUUAAUAGCACCAAGGAAGUUAUGUUCCUCAACGAAGUAGAGGACAUUUUCGAGGUUAUGGACCCUGCGGAAUUCGCCAAGGUGCAGGAGCCUCUCUUCCACCAGCUUGCCAAGUCGGUAGCUAGCCCUCACUUCCAGGUUGCUGAACGAGCGCUGUACUUUUGGAACAACGAAUACUUUUGCAACCUCGUCAGCGAUAACGUGGAAAUCAUCCUCCCAAUCAUGUUUGCCCCUCUGUACGAGAACUCCAAGGGCCACUGGAACAGGACCAUCCAUGGCAUGGUUUAUAACGCUAUGAAACUGUUCAUGGAGAUUAACCCCCAGCUUUUCGACGACUGUUCCCACGAAUACACUGAGCAGCAGAACACUGCUGCUGAGCGUGAAGCAAUUCGCGAGCAAAAAUGGGCAGUACUUGGCGAGCAGGCCAAGGAGCGUCGUGCGUCGAUGACAGAGGCUGAUAACGCCGCUCGCCCUCAAGUCAACCCCCUCCCACGUCUCGAAGAAAUCGACCCUUCCGCAGAUGACAACCAGAAGCGUUUGGAUUCUCUUCGCUUACAAGAUGCUGCCGGCCGCAAGUCCGGGGGCCAUGAAAGGCAGGCUUCAACAUCCUCUGUCAAAAGCCGUUGA